AUGGCCACAGCCAAUAAAACCAGGCCAAGUUGUGCGAGAGUGAAGGUAGAGGUAGACUUGCUUGGAGAAUUCCCAAAGAGAAUCAAUAUACGAAUAAAGAAGAAGAGACAUAAUGAGCAAGAUUGCUAUGUCAUUCAUCCAGAAUUGUAUCCCAAGGAUAAAGAACAAAGCUCAGACAAAGAACAGGAGGAAAACAGCAAGGUAGAUCAAAGGAAGAAUAAGGACCAAAAGAAUGCAAAAAAUAGCAGGUCUGAGAUUAAGGAGUACAAAGGGACUAAUGCUAACAUAAUGAAAGGGAAGGAAAUAGCAGACAAGGUGCGGCCUGCAGAGGGCAUUGACAAUGAUGGAUUCAAGGAGAAGAAAGGAAAACAAGGAAUAACAGGCACUUUCAUAGAGAACACAUAUGAGGAUAUAAUAGAUGUGACUGAUGUGCAUAAAUCCUCAGAUUUAGAAGCAAAGAUGUCUGAUGCUCUAAAUCAGAUAGUUACAGUGCAGCAAAUUGUAGACAAUAAUGAGAAGGUCAAGGAAAAGCAGAUGGAAGAAUCAAAGGAAAAGCAAAUAGAUGAAUCAAAUAAGGUGGAGAGGAUAUCAGUAAAGGCAUGGAUUGAGAAGAAUUUUGGUAAACAACUCAAUCAUAAAGGGGAGAUUUUAUCUCAGCAGGUAUCUAAGGUGAUUUCAGGUACAUUUAGUCAAAAGAAGGAACAUGAUUCAGAAGAAACUGGUGAUAUCUUAAUCCAUAAAAACUUGGAGGAAGAAAACAAGUUAGGUGAUGUGCUGCAGGAGCAUGAUGAUCAUGAUGAUACUCCUAUAUCAAAGGAGGAAGUGGAGGAUAAUCAAGGAAAAGAAGGUACAAGGCCACCAGAGAGUAAUAGUUCUGUCAUUUUGCCUGUGGAACAAGUAGAGAAUGCACAUCAUGAAGAGCAAGAUGAGAUACGAUCCCAAGCUGAUCUCAAUAGCCAAGAUGAGGAAGAUUUAACUCAGAACAUUGAUGAUAUAGCACAGGAGGCAGAUUUAUUCCCUAGAAGUGUGCAGAAAUUGAAACAAGCAACGAAUAAACAAAAACCUGUCAGAAGUACCAGUAUUCCAGUGGCAGGAGUUUCAACAAGGAGGAGUAAGAACAAAACUAAUAAUUCUCAAUGA